AUGGUCGAGUACUACGGUCCUACAAGAAUCCAGGUUUUUGAUGAUAAUUCCAGAUGUACAAGGAUCCGUAACGAUUCGUAUAUUGGUGCUAUUAACAAAGAUAACACAUUUGUUCGAGCUGGGAUGCAGAGAUGGUAUAACGAAUACGUCCACAAUCUGGUGCCUCGCAACAAGUGGUCUACUGACAGGGAAAAUUUGAAAGAGGGAACACUUGUUAUCCUACAUGAAAAAGAUGUUCCACUGCAGGAGUGGCGGCUUGCCAGGAUAAUAGAGACUCUUCCAGGUCCAGGCCCUGACGGUGUAGUUAGAAUGAAUGUGUUGCAAGUUUUUGUCACUGAUGCUGCAAAUGUUUUUCUCUUGGACACUGGAGCAGAAAUCUCAACUUUAUUAGAUCAACAAGUUGACGUCUGCAAAAGAGUACUUAAUAUUUACAGAUAUAUGGUCAUGCAAACCCAUAUGGAGGCCCGCACUUGGGAACAAUUGCUCAUGGUUCUGUUACACAUUACUUCUGUUAUUCUUAAUCCUUCACCGCCAAAAAGGAAAGAAGAAACUCUUGGUGGACGUUUAGCACCUGCAAUAUUUCAGACCCUAAUUGUUACCUGGAUCAAAGCAAAUUUAAAUGUUAUAAUAUCACGUGAACUUUGGGAUCAGUUUUUAGGAGUUUUGAGUUCUUUGACACAAUGGGAAGAACUUGUAAAAGAAUGGGCACCUCAAGGGUCUUCAUUUUGA